UUCAACUUUAACAAGACAUCACUUGCUUUCUGUUAAUACAAUACGGAUAAGUUAUUCCGAUUUUAUUUCUGUGGACUUUUUAAUCGAAAAAAAAAACAUAAUACAAAUACAAACAUUUAACAAAACAUUGUAAGGAAGAUUUAAGUGUUAGAAAUGAUUACAAAUCUUCUUUACACCGUGAUUCUCUUAAAUGGAUGUAUUACACUUGUCUUCCCGGCGUGCAUGACUGGAUGGUUUGGCUCCAGCUGCCAAUACAAAUGUCACUGUGUCAACAACAGAUGUGAUGACCAAGGUCUGUGUUUAGCUGGGUUAAGUUGUGAGCGGGGCUGGUUUGGUCCACUUUGUCAGUACCAGGAUCUGUCUACUUUAAAUGCCAUCAUUACACCACCAAACAGUCUUAUAGCAGACGGUAAAGAAGGAACGUGUACGGAUCUAAAAAAUGUAACGAUAUCAUGGACGAUUUCAUAUUUAGUUAAUUGGAUAAGAAUUGUUUUUCGUGAUUCAGACACACUAUUCGACACUGUGAUAAAACUUGUUCUUGUAAACAAUUCGUAUUUUCCUUGCUCUAUAAUUUCUAACAAUAUAAACGCAAAUACUACGGACAUUGUGUGUAAUGAAACCUCCACUACACAGAAGAUAUUUUUUGAUUUUCACACACCCAAGUCAAUAUGCUCGAUUUACAUUAGCGGAGGUAGAAACGUUGCACUAAACAUGUCAACAUGGCAAUCUAGCAACUACAAUGAUUCAAUCCAUGGACCAAUAUUUGUUUCUUCAAAAGCCGUAGAUGGGAAUUCAAGUGGAAACUUUUAUAAAAAAUUAACUUGUACACAUACGGAUAUUAAACCGACACCGAGUGUUUGGGGUGUCACAUUUCCACAGCCAAUGUUUGUUACCCGCUAUGUACUUUAUAACAGAGCGGACCGCGAAAUGCAACGAUUAAAAGGAUUUAAUUUGGUGAGCUACAAUGUAAACAACACGGUGGUGUUUAACUACAUGGAUACACUAGAGAGUGACAAAAUUUUGGUUUAUAAUAUAACAUCAACUGGAAAUGUAGGUGUAUCAAACGUCAAUAUCACAGCCAAACAGCAUGACAACAUUUUAACACUGUGUGAAGUGGAAGUUUAUGGAGAUCAAGUGUGUCAACACAACACAUACGGCCUAGAGUGUAUGAACAUUUGUAACUGUAGCCACUGGAAACAGAAAUCAUGUUUUGUUGCUACUGGUCAAUGUUUUGGUGGAUGUGACGCUGGUUACUUCGGUAAAGAUUGUAGCAAUGAAUGCUUAGCUGGUUCUUAUGGAGAGAACUGUUCUAUGAACUGCAGUACGAACUGUAGAAAUAAGAUGUGCGAUAGGUUCAAUGGUACCUGCACUAGUUGCAUUGACGGCAAAGUUGGUCCUUUUUGUGAAACAGAUUGUAACGAUACAUUUUACGGAGAAAACUGCCGAUACCAAUGCAGUACAAACUGUACAGACCAGCUUUGUUACAAAGAAAAUGGAACAUGUUUUAGCUGCAUAUCAGGACAAAUGGGCCUAAUAUGUGAAAAUAGCUGUGACGAUCAUCACUACGGCCCUAACUGUAUCUACAACUGCUCUUCAAACUGUGAACAACUUCAGUGUAACAAAACAAAUGGUUACUGCAAUAAUUGUUAUGCUGGGUAUCAGGGAGACUUUUGUAAUAUUACAUGUGAUAAUGAUCGGUAUGGAGUAAACUGUAAGGAAAACUGCAGCCACUGGUGUGUACAAAACAAAACACAAACCUGGUGUAACAAAACGGAUGGGCAGUGUCUGAUAGGCUGCAAUAAUGGAUUUAAAGAGGAGAAUACUGAAUGCAGUAGUUGGAGUCUGAAGAGCAAAGAAGAUGACACUGCUACAACACUGGUGCCAAUUGUUGUUCCUGUUGUUGUAGUUUUGCUGAUAGCCAUGUUAGCUGUGGCUAGUGUGGUAUUUUGGAGGCGAAGAAAACAAAACAAAAAUAAAAGUAAUGGAGACAAUGGUGGGCAGGGAAGUAACAAUGUGUUGACAACAACAUUUGGUGCAGACGAUGGAACAUAUGGAAAGGGAGAUUCCCCUAAGGCUAAAAGAAAAGUGGCCAUCGUCAACGCCUAUUGUAACGUCACAGACAGCACUUUCAUCCAAGUCUCACCACUAAAUGAAUUUAUGCGAGCCAAAAAUAGCGAAUAUUUUGCCAAACAAUUUAAGUCCAUACCAGCACCGCAGAAUGUGUCCAUGUCGGCUGGACAGAGUGAAGAAAAUAGAAACAAGAACAGAUACAAGAAUAUAUGCGCAUAUGACCACUCUCGUGUCCAUCUAGAGAUUAACACAAGCAAAAACGAAGGGGACUACAUCAAUGCUUCAUACAUUGAGGGUUAUAACAAUGAAGAAAAAUUUAUAGCCUCACAAGGUCCAACUGAUGUGAACAUCAAUGAUUUUGUGCGAAUGUUGUGGGAACAAAGAGUUGAUAAAGUUGUGAUGCUGACAAAACUAAUAGAAGAAGGCAAGGUAAAGUGUGUAAGCUACUGGCCAGAAGAAGGUACAACCACAUUUGGUGACAUCAAAGUUAACCUGGCAGCUACUCAUGUGUUUGCUGACUACACUAUCAGGAAGUUGGAGCUUAGUAAAAAAGGUCAGACAACCCACCAAUUUACACAGUUCCACUUCACAUCGUGGCCAGACCAAGGCGCACCUCUAACACCGUGGGGACUUGUGGACUUUGAACAGAGGGUGGCAUUGGACAAAACACCCAAGCCAAUUCUCGUACACUGCAGCGCUGGUGUAGGGCGUACUGGAACCUUCAUCGCUCUACGUAAUGUGAUGAGAGAAGCUGAAGACACAGGGCGGAUAAAUUGUUUUCAAACAGUGGCCAAACUCAGACAAGACAGGGUUCUGAUGGUCCAAACAGCGGAACAAUAUGAAUUCCUGCAUAAGGCAGCUCAGGUGGCCAUUGUUUGUAUGGGUACCACAGUGACGUACAAUAACAUAACGUCCAGAAUCUCUGAUCUUGAGGAGCAGCUGGUUACUGGAAGCUGUAAACUUGAAAAAGAGUUUAAAGCUGUCUCAGAAGUCUGUUUAGAUUUAGUGCAAGAAAAAGAUGACAACACACAAGGGGUUGAUUCAAAUAUAUAUCAGAACAACACUUCAUCAAACUCAACAAAGGACAGAUUCUCAUCUAUUAUUCCAAGCAAGUUGUAUCAAGCUGUGUUAUUGAAGGAAUCAAACAACCUUGGUGAUUAUAUAAAUGCUGUGUUAGUAUCGGGCUUUACAAAAGGAGAGAACCAGAUACUAACACACCUCCCAAUGCCAAACACAGUCACAGAUUUCUGGAGAUUGGUGGCACAGUACAAUGUAAAACUUGUCAUGGCUUUCCAAACAAAAGAAUCAGUGCAAGACGAGUCUUAUGGCCAGUACCUGCCUGCCAACAUGACAACACCUUUAGACUGUGGACCAUAUGAAAUACACACAGGACCUGUCAAGUCUGAGAGUUUAUGGGAGGAACAACAGAUCACUGUCAAAAUUGUCAAGAAAACUUCAAGUAUACUAUCAGUAGCUAAUGAAACCCACGUGACCCACAUAACAAGUAAAAGCAGAGACCUGAAUCCCAAGAAUCUUCUCAAACUUCUUAAACACACAAGGUCAAACAAUGUACAGGCACAGGGGAGAGUACUCUACAUGUGCAGAAACGGAGCUGAGUACAGCGGCCUCGCCUGUGUGUUGAGUCUUCUACUUGACCGAAUGGACCAUGACCAAAGUUUAACAGUUCCACUUGUUGUUGGUGCCAUCAAAUGUAUCAGACCACAGGUCAUCCCAUCUCUGGACCAGUACAGAUGCCUGUAUCAAGUUUUGAAAAGGUACAACGAAACUACCCAAACCUACAACAACUAUGAUCAGCUCUCUACAACUCGGCAAACUGAAGAAAAUGUAUAUGCCAACAGUUAAGAUGUUAUUUUGCAUGACUGUAUAGCUUAACUAACAUAAUAAAUGACUCUCAGAAAGUGUGACGCAUGCAUUUUUCUAAUUAGGAGCCAUGUUAAUAUUAACUCUUUUUAUUUACAAUACAAAUUAAUCAACAUAUCUAUUAAAGUAGUUUAUUUUUAAAUGUACACAAUUUUGUUUAAUUUAAUGUCCUUAUACAAGUAAUUCUUCUUCUUCUUCUUUGUUCUUAAUUUUUAAUGUUGAAGGGAUCGAGGGUUUGAAUUCGAGACUUUUUUUUUCAAAUUUAUUAACCAUGAGCUUUUUCCGACUCGACUAUGCCUCCAUCACAUUUAAGGAUAUGUGUCAACUGGUUAUGCGCCAUUGAGGCCAUUGACUCCGAUUUCAGCCUGCUUUUCUUUUUGGAUUUGCUUCCAUAGCCUUUGUCCAACAAAGAACACCAGUUGAUUAAUUUUGGAGUUGUCUCUCCUAGAAAAGUGGCUGUCCCCAGCUAACGAUAUUCAUCUCCCCGAGGGUUCAAACUCGAGACUUUUCGGUUUAGCAACCAUGAGUUUUACCGACUCAACCACGCCGACCCCUUACAACUAAUUAACUUUUCAGUUAUUACAUAAUAACUUGAACUAAUCUUACAUUAAUGCUCAUGAUUUUUAUAUCACACGACGAAUAAGAUGAACAAGAUAUUAACAUAAUGAAGAACCCGGUGGAGACAACAUUUAAAGGCUUCUAGUAAUUAAAUUUAUUAGCUCUUUUAUUUGUUAUCUAUAAUAAAAUUACUUCAGUUAUUGACACACAAGCAAAAUAAUUAUUUUAAGGUAACAUUCUCAUAAUCAAUGUUAAAAUAUGGUUGAUUAAUACCACUUUGCCUUUUCUAAUUAAAUUUUACUUUUUCUGCCAAAAAAUUAAUACCUGUGAGAUAUUUUAUACUAUGUAUACAUUUUUUUUAUACUAUUUUAAAAUUAAAUCUGUUAAAUAAAUUAAAACAGUUUUCAAAUGUGAAUAUAU